CCUAGCAUGUUGCUACUGCUAAUGACAAUAAACAGCCGCCACCAACUUGCAACUUUCUCUCUAGUAUUGUAUCCUUCAAUUUUUCUUCUAUUUUUAAUAUAACGGUUCUUCACCAUUUGUUAUCGCCUGCAUCUGUGGUUAUUCUUUUUGAACCAAAUGUUCGAUUCUCUUUUCAUCUUCUUGCGGUUUUGUUUGAAUACUUUGAUUCUAUGAAUGAGGGUUUCUCUUUGUGCUGUCUGUGUGUGAAAAAACGCCAAGGAAGAACGAAACUGAGAUUUUGGCCAUCUUUUUCGUUUACCAAAACGCGGUCCAACCUGUCAAACCUCCGGUUCAGCCGGUUUUCUGGUUCGUUUCCCAGUUUCAUGACAUAGCGGUUUACAGGCCAUUCCGAACCGGACAUAUAACCGGUUCACGGUUGAACCGGCCGGUCCGGUCCGGUUUUAAUCACCUUGCUUUUACGGUUUUACCUGUCAUCGUAGAGAUAUACAACAAAACAAAAUAACCCGCGUAGACGUACCACAAGAGACAUCAUAAACGACGCUGCGUUGGACGACUUUUUCAGUUUCAUCCACAUUUCGUAAACGACAACAGCGUCACACAAACGGUGCCACUCGGUGCUACCGCGCCGUCAAGCUGAUUUCUUCCUAUCCUAAAACGACAUCGUAUCGAUCAAUAUCAUCGACGAUCCUCUUUCAUCCCAAUUACCAAACCCUAAUUCAGAGAAAGUUUUUUUCUCCUUAAUUUGAAGGCAAAUGGCAUCUUCUUCAGACUCAUGGUUGAAGGAAUAUAAUGAAGCAAUGAAACUUGCUGAUGAUAUCAGUGGCAUGAUUUCUGAACAUAAUUCAUUUCCUUCAUCUGGACCAGAAACACAACGUCAUGCGUCUGCUAUAAGAAGGAAAAUCACAAUAUUGGGGACCCGACUAGAUAGCUUGCAAUCCCUUUUGUCAAAGCUCCCUGUAAAGUCUGAGAAGGAGAUGAAUCGCCGCAAGGACAACCUUGCAAAUUUGAGGUCAAAGGUUAACCAAAUGGCUUCAACUUUGAACAUGUCAAACUUUGCAAAUAGGGAUAGUUUGCUCGGGCCAGAAAUUAAACCAGAUGCAAUGAGCAGAACUGUUGGCCUGGACAACAAUGGACUUGUUGGUUUGCAACGACAAGUUAUGAAAGAACAAGAUGAGGGCCUUGAGAAAUUGGAGGAGACUGUAUUGAGUACAAAACAUAUUGCGUUGGCAGUGAAUGAAGAGCUGACUCUACACACUAGACUCAUUGAUGACUUGGACGAACAUGUAGAUGUCACAGAUUCUCGGCUGAGGAGAGUGCAGAAGAACUUGGCAAUUUUAAACAAACGUACUAAGGGCGGUUGCUCAUGCAUGUGCAUGCUAUUAGCAGUGAUUGGUAUAGUGGGUUUGGUUCUUGUCAUAUGGCUUCUGGUCAAAUAUUUGUAGAUAUGAAAAUACCCAACUCACCAAACUUCUCCCCUUGUGUUUAUGUUUCUGAAUGUGCCUUGAAACAUAUCAUAUAUAUAACCGAGGUUCUUUGAUUGUUUUUUGUACUUUGCCAAUGAUGGAAUGUAUUGAGGUCUUGAAAAGCUAUGAUAUGUUGUAAUCUUCAGAUCUUUCAAGUGUUGAUAUGUUUGUGCUUUCGUUUGUUAAAGUAUGAAAGUUUAAGUGGUUUGUGAUAAACUGAUAAUGCCUUAAGUCGCCUAUUAUUGAGUGAAAAGAGAAAUAAUAUUUAUGUCA